UAUAACAAUGGGUGGCUCAAAUUCCAAAGGAAAGAAGGCAAGUAAAGUAAAGAGCAGAACCGUAGUCGCAACCAAGAGGGACACUGUCAGGUCCCAGGUCAUGAAGACAGUACAACAUAGAGAUGAAGAAGCCAUUAGACAAGAGAAGGAGAAAGCCAAGAGCUUGAUUUCCAGCCAGAAUUUUAGGAACUCUGAAAACCCUAUUAGGAUCGUUGACCAGCAGGAAGGCAGUGUCCAUGAUUUUGAAGCGAAUAAGAAUCAUAAUGAUAAGAUCAUUGAGGACAGUAUGAGACAAGUCGAGGAUGGCAAUAUAAGAGAGAGACAGUAUCUAAACUCCAUAAAAGAAGCACUUAUAAAGUCAAAAUAAAGAAUAUGAUGAUAUUGAAAGGCUCCAGUACGAGAUUGAGAUAAGCCAAAUUAAGGACAAUCCAAAUUUGCUUCAAGAGAAAAAUGAGAAAAUAUUAAAAUAAAGCAACAAUGAUAGUAACAAAUGAUGGUGUGCAAAAACAUGGAAGGCUCCCUCCAAUCAAGCAGACAAGUAAGAGUAGCAUGUUCUUACCCAUCAACGAAUUUGAUAGGGAAAAGUCAGUACAGAUUCUUAUGGAUCAGACAGAUGAAAUGGAUAAUAGCAUUGAACUCUACCCUGAUGAGUUUAGGAACACUUAUAAAAGCAAUUUCGGUAAAAGCGAUAUCACUAGCGAGUUCGACUUUACAGUUGAUGGAAAAUUUAAGAACAAUAACCUACAGCAGAAGUUCUCGUUUAGAAAUAACCUCCCUGGUGGGGUUAGCCCCUCCUACGCCGGAGCUAGAAUUGAGGAAAAAGCACCCUCAGUAGUACAGUUCCGGGAUUAUGCAAAUAUGGAUGAUAUUAUCAGGAAGUCUCAAACUUCCAAGCCGUUCGGGUCAAAGAAGAGAACCUCACAAGAUGCAAGAAUUGACAUUCAAAAGAGUAAUUUUAACCGUUUGAGAGAAUCAAAUGAUAAAAAAUCCUUAGCGGUUCAGGGGUCAACACUGAAGAGGAAGAAUAGUCAGACUGAGUCUGAUAUAUACAACGACUUAAAGUCUGACAUCUUAAUGCAAACACAUGGCAGCAAGUUUAACCCCUCAAGAAGAAAAUCAGAAGGCGGUGACAUUGAAGAAGAAGAGCAGAGCAAGAACCUUUCAAUGGAUGACAAUCCAAACUCUGUGGAAGCUAAUGUUGACGCAGAGGGGCUCUCUCAAAAUUCAAAUAACGAUGAAGAAAACUUAGAAGAUAUUCUCGACUCUAGUAGUGAUGACGAGUUUGAUGUUCAUCCUAUUUCGUCAACAAAUAUAAACGGAUCGAUGAUUCACCAACCAGAAAACCUUGAAAAUACUAGUAAUGUUCUGUAUUUGGGUUAAUAAUACAAUUUUAAUCUCUAAUCUCAACCCUAGUGA